CGACAAUGGGGCUCCUUAACCUCCAUCAUUAUGGUGUGCCAGGCGUGAACUCUCCCCGUUACGCCGUCUCAAAGUUGGCUUCGUUCUCAGCUUUGAUCAUAUCAAUCAUCCUUGUCGUCCUGUUCCUCGUCCGUUACUACUUGCUGGAGGCCUUUCUCAUCCGUCGCCUCUAUGGAUCGGUCUACACGAAUCUCAGCCUGGAGAACCAGCGUGGCUUCAUCAACCACCACAUUGCCGGCACCAUGAAGUUCCUCAUUCUCAUUAUCGCAGCAUAUCCCUUCAUCAAAGUCAUCGUCGGCAAUUCCACGUUCCACACCCCAUUUGUUCGUGGCUCCCCUGUGAUGAUGGGGGAUAUUUUGAUUGUGGUCGCACAAAUGCUCAUUGGCAUGUACGUGUUUGAACUUCUUUAUCGGACGAGAUUGUCACCAAUCGCCGUCUUGCACCACGUGGGAACAAUCAUGAUCGGUCAGUCCGCCAUUGCGAUCGGGCUAGAUCGAAUGCAAGAGCCGGACGCUGGAAUUGAAUUCAUGCUUUGUACAAUAUGGGGUGUCUUCGAUAUCAUCUCCGAGUUCUUUCCACAUGUCGCCAUCAUCCUCUAUCGCAUCUACCCUCAGCGACAUCGCUUUCUCAGUCGAGUCUUUCUGUCGUCUUGCAUAACCACCGCAUUCGGUACCUUUUGCGAAACCGUCGUGAUAAUGUUUCUGUUCGGAUGCCUUUGGGAUCGCUGGCAGGUUGCCUUCAAAGUCACAACGCCAAUUCUUCACAUCGCUUUCUCGGCCGCCCAGGUCCAUGGGAGCGUUGUUUUCUGGCGCAUGUACAAACGGCAGCAGAGAUUUCUUAACGAAGAGGCUGGCCAGGACCUCGUGGGGAGUGAGAACACCGAGGGGGAUGAGUCGGAAAGCAAGGACAAGCCGUUGGUUAUGCGUGGAUAUGUAAGGCCUGAAGUAUGA